AUGGACGGCCUAAACUUCAACAGCGUGCUCGAGUCCCCCGUCCUCGUCAACGUGGAGAUCUCAAAAAACGACCCGUCUUACAGAUGGAUCCUGGCCUACCUCUCGCGCCCGCGAGAUACACCCGGCUUUCUGGCCAGCCGACUCACGCGCAUCAGGGAGCUCUCCGUCAAGACGACCACGCGGUCCGUUGCGCCAGGGAAGGGCAACGGCGGCGAGGGCGCGCCCACGCACGCGCACUUCGCGCUGGUGCCCGGAUACGGCUCGCAUGUCAUCAGGCACGCGCCCGGCGUGUACAUCAUGGUCCAGAGGGACAAGAGCUCCACGGCCGAGAUGGCGACGGGCGAGCCGCAUGAGACGAUGACGCUGACGACGCUUUGGGCGCAUCGGCAUGUGUUCGAGGAGAUCUUCGGGGACGCCCACGGCAUGAUGGCACGGGCGACGGAGGGAAAGACCGUGGUGUACACCGUCCGCGGGUUCAACUGGGAGCAGCUCGGGGAGCCGAGGCGGAAGAGGCCGCUUGGUAGCGUGAUCCUGGACGAGGGCGUCAAGGAGGCCAUUGUGGCAGAUGUGAAGGAUUUCAUUGCGAGGCAGGAGUGGUACGCCGAACGGGGGAUACCUUAUCGUCGGGGCUAUCUACUUUUCGGACCACCAGGAGGAGGCAAGUCCAGCUUCAUACACGCACUGGCCGGGGAGUUGAAUUUUGCCAUCGCGACCAUCAACUUGAGCGAGAGGGGCAUGGCAGAUGACAAACUGGCGAUGAUGAUGCAAAAGCUACCGCAGAGGACGAUUGUUUUGUUGGAGGAUGCGGAUGCUGCCUUUGUGAACAGGAAGCAGAAGGAUUCGGACGGCUACAGUGGAUCCUCGGUGACAUUCUCAGGUCUCCUGAAUGCGCUCGAUGGGCUGUCUGCUGGCGAAGAGAGAAUUGCUUUCCUUACGACGAAUCACAUCGACAGGCUCGAUCCGGCCUUGAUUCGUCCCGGGCGGGUGGACAUGAUCGUGCGCGUGGGCGAGGCAAGCAGAUAUCAGGCCGGGGAGAUGUUUGAGCGUUUCUACGGUGAUGUGGACCAGGAUGGGACUGGCAAGGAGCGUUUCUUGCAGAAGCUUGACGAUAUGGGUCUGUUCGACGAGAAGACGGCGAAAAGCACAAGUGCUGCGGCCAUCCAGGGGCUGUUCCUCUUUCACAAGAACGACAUGGAAGGGGCCAUCAACAUGGCCGAGGUGCUGGGCCAGCCCCAGCACACGGAUGGCUGA